GCGAACACUGUGUGGAGAGGACUUCACCUUGGAGGAGAUUGACAGGAUUCACGCGAACGGCUUCUCCAUCGACGCGCUUCAGAGGUCCGUCAUGGCAGAAGAGGUCGACGAUUCCGACGACGAAGAUGCGGGAGAAGUGCUCUUCACGAA